CGACAGCACGCGAUGGCGUCCGUCGCCGCAUGGCUGCCGUUCGCGCGCGCCGCUGCCAUCGGCUGGGUACCCAUAGCCACGCACCCGCUUCCUCCCCCACCCGUCCCGAAGGACCGAAGACGCGCCGAGGACGAGAAGCUCCUCAUCAAUGUAUCAGGACGACGUUUCGAAACAUGGAGGAAUACUCUCGAGAAAUAUCCGGACUCCCUUCUCGGAUCGUCCGAGAGGGAAUUCUUCUACGACGAGGACAGUCGAGAGUACUUCUUCGACAGAGAUCCAGAUAUAUUCAGGCAUAUACUCAACUACUACAGGACUGGGAAGCUUCAUUAUCCAAAACAUGAGUGCUUAACUGGCUACGAUGAGGAGCUCGCGUUCUUCGGUAUCCUGCCGGAUGUUAUUGGCGAUUGUUGUUACGAGGAUUACAGGGAUAGGAAACGUGAAAAUGCGGAACGUUUGAUGGACGAUAAGCUCAGUGAGGCGGGAGACCAAAGCCUUCCCCAGCUAACAGACUUAAGGCAAAAGAUGUGGAGAGCGUUCGAAAACCCUCACACGUCGACGGCCGCUCUUGUAUUUUACUAUGUGACGGGUUUUUUCAUCGCUGUCUCAGUGAUGGCCAAUGUUGUAGAAACGGUUCCGUGCGGUCACAGGCCCGGUCGAGCGGGCACCUUACCUUGUGGAGAGAGAUAUAAGAUAGUAUUCUUUUGCUUGGACACGGCCUGCGUGAUGAUAUUCACGGCCGAGUACCUGCUUCGACUUUUCGCUGCACCGGACCGUUGUAAAUUCGUGAGAUCUGUCAUGUCAAUUAUUGACGUGGUCGCGAUCCUGCCGUACUACAUCGGCUUGGGGAUCACAGACAACGACGACGUGUCGGGCGCGUUCGUGACCUUGAGAGUGUUUCGAGUGUUCCGUAUCUUCAAAUUCUCGCGGCACUCGCAGGGGCUUCGUAUUCUCGGUUACACGCUCAAGUCGUGUGCCAGCGAACUUGGAUUCUUAGUAUUCUCUCUGGCGAUGGCCAUUAUAAUCUUCGCCACUGUCAUGUUCUACGCCGAGAAGAACGAGCAAGACACGAACUUCACAUCCAUUCCUGCCGCCUUCUGGUACACCAUCGUGACCAUGACCACACUUGGAUACGGUGACAUGGUACCCGGAACGAUCGCUGGUAAGAUCGUGGGUGGUGUUUGCUCUCUGUCCGGAGUGCUGGUGAUAGCUCUACCCGUCCCUGUCAUCGUGUCGAACUUCUCGAGAAUCUAUCAUCAGAACCAGAGAGCUGACAAGAGAAAGGCUCAGAGGAAAGCUCGUCUCGCUCGCAUUCGUAUUGCCAAGGCUUCGUCUGGCGCAGCAUUCGUGUCUAAGAAGAAAGCGGCGGAAGCACGUCUCGCUGCGCAGGAGUCCGGCGUGGAGUUAGAUGACGCUGGAAGAGAUGAAGAUAUAUUCGAGUUGCAGCAUCAUCAUCUAUUACGUUGCUUGGAACGUACAACGGAUCGUGAGUUCGUUGAAAUGGAGAACCCAUACAAUGGUGCAGCCAAGCGGCCGGGAUCGCCGUCGCCGCUCGCCUCGCCCGCGCACUCCGGCCGAGCCCCUGCACUCCUUGCGUGUUGCGCUCGAUGCGGAUGCUGCCCUCAGAAAUAUCAGCAAGCGUGUGGUAAAUACAUUCCAGCGGGGAGCACGGUACAGGGUAACCAGACCGGAGUGGCAAUGGACGGUACCUAUCUUGUCGAAGCAUCCUUCUAGGAUCCGACAACUAGCGCUCAUGUUGAGAGCUACGUGUGAAUAUGACUUUAUCAUGGAUUGUGUUUCCAUGGAUAUCCUGAAAGACUAUCGCGCAAAUCUGAUAGCAAUUACUAGAAUACGUGUAUUAUCUUGUUAAUUUUAACACGAUACUGCCUAAUGUUUAACAGAUAUCAUGUUUGUAUGUGUUAAUCUAAUGGAGACCUCAGACGGACGUGUUUCUAAAUAUCGUUCUAAUUAAUAUUUGAAGCAAAAACACAUCCAUCAACAGAAGUUUUUGCAUGAUAUAUAUUUAUCACGAAUGAGAUUCUAGCUACCGUGACAUGAAUGAGCUACAUUAUUCAAGUGAAUAAAACACCCCAUCGCUUCGCACACUUUGAUGAAUGGAUAAACGUCAAUUUAUAAUAAAUAGUUAGCUUCGAAUUUCAGGUAUAAAUAUGACAGUUUUGUGUAUGUUGAAUAAAAAUAUAUCAAGGCUAGUGGACAAUGAAUUAGUGUGUGUCGGAAACGUAAGAUUAUACAAUAAUUUGAGCACGCCACAACAUACCUAUACCCGUAUGCCCCUCAGGUCUCCAUUAGAAUUUAAUAACUAUCCCAAUCGUGGUUUCUUUUAUUCGUAUACCUAGAUAUAAAACAGUAUUAAUAAGAUUUUUAAUGUUAAUAAAAAUGUAUGAUUGGACCGAAUCUCGCCCCACGGGGUUUUAAGAUUUUCCGCUUCUGAAAAUCGUUAUUAAAAGACAAAAAAUAGUUUUUUGAAAUUUCAUUCUAGUCAAUAGUUGAAAUCAUAUCAAUAUUGGUAACAGAAAAUUAAUAUCUUAGCUAUUUCUGAACUUUUAUUUGAUCCACUAGGUCACUAGUGCCUUCAAUGACUCAUUAUACUAUACUCGUAAACUGUAACUGUUACUCUGUGUUAGUGAACGAUAGAAAAUAGAUAUUCUUGUAUAAAAUAAUCAACGGGGGCGUUUUAGGCACGUGGCACCGUAAUCGAUUCUGUAUUUAUUUCCCUAGUGAUUCCCAGUUAGACCCAAAUUGGGUCAAAAAAUAACUAGACGCAUAAUUGACCCAAAGGUCAAAUUCGGAAUAUCUUCAUCACCAUAACCAUCAAUGUUAAUUUUGUUGUAUAUAAUCUAUAAAUAAUAAAAGAGAUAUAAGCAUGUCUGUUUCCGUUUACUUAAAAUGCAGGUUGCAUACAACAUAAUUACACUUCCGUCUGUUAAUUUAAGUAGUAAUGCGAUAUCAUAGCCUGUGCUACGUGUCUAGUACAUUGCGGAGUAUCGUCAACUAUUUUCAAUUUAUGACUGGUUGAAUCGCGCAAUGAAUUUUAAACAAUGAAAUUUUACGGUUGGUUUAAAAUUUAGACCCCCAUACUAGUUGAUGUCUUAUGAUUGCCAUAGGUAAAGUGUUAUGUAUAGAUACGUGAAUUUAUGUGGUUAAAAAUAGAUAUUUAUUUGAAGAUAAAUGUUAAUAUGUAGAUAUAAGAUAUAAUUAUUAAGUGUGUACUGCAUUGAAUGCAUUUUUUAAUGUUCGGACGUUGAGAGAAGUGAGUUCCUGACAGAUCCGUGAUCGAGUGGACGGUGUAACUUCGUAGUGACGAUGAAUUUAACAUGAAAAUAUAAUUAUCAUUUAUUUACCUUACUAACGAAUAGUAUCAUUGUGUGAAAUUACAAUAAUUAUCAUAGUUUUACGUUAAAUUAAAUUUACAAGGU